AUGCUUGAAACAGUGUUUGGAUUGAUGGCAAUUGGACUUGCCGAUUAUAGUAAUACUCUGUCAUUGGGAAGGAAGAGGGUAGUGGUUUCUAACGAUUUGGAACCUUCUCCUCAAGUUACUACUCCAUUGAAGAGAAUACGCAGUGGUGAAAUCUCUCUCAACUCUGAGAUGUCUCUCUUUGAAGCCCUUCCUCAGGAUCUUCUGGUCAAGGUGUUGUGUGGGGUGGAUCAUGAAGAUUUGAAGCAGCUUUUUCAUGUGUCCAUAACAAUUAGGGAAGCAACUCUGAUAGCAAAGGAGUUACAUUUCGAGUUCAGUACACCAAAGAAGAAAACUUUUGCUUUUCUUAAUCGAUCUGAUUUGGAGAAUGCAAAUGUGUACAAGGAAAUUAAAACUCCCAAAGCACCCUUGAGGAAAUCAAGGUCAAGAUGGAAUGCAAGUUUGGCUGACAUCGCAACGAUCUUGACUUUUUGCUUUCUUUCAGCGUGUGGCUCUGCUGUUUUGGCGCUUGUCCUGGCAAUGGCUUCCACGAAACGGCAUUUCGGAGAGGAAGAUAAUCCCCAAUUGUCGUCGAAGAAAGUGAAGGAAUCUGCACCUGAAUCUGAUGUAUCUGCUUCUUCGCUGUGUGUCAUUCUCAAUCCUGCGGACUGUGACUUAGAUUUCAAUAUUGAUGGACUUGUUGGAUAUGGACUUCACGAGGAAGGGUUUGCUUAUUGUUGGUCCGGUGCCCGGGCUAACGUGGGAAUAAUCAGAGGUAAAUAUUGUUUUGGCUGUAAGGUUGUGUCUGAACAGUUGGUUGAUGUGAAUGACACUGUCCCUGAGCAGCAACAUAUUUGUCGUCUCGGGAUUUCCAGAGGGUAUGAUUCAGUAGGAAACCUUGGGGAGUCUAGACACAGCUUUGGAUAUGGUGGUACCGGCAAAUUUUCAAAUUGUGGUACAUUUGUAAAUUUUGGAGAUAGGUUUGGUGUUGGAGAUACAAUAGUUUGUUGUGUUGACCUUGAAAGCCAACCGCUGGCUUCUAUUGGUUUCUCCAAGAAUGGUAAAUGGUUGGGUGUUGCAACUCAAUUUGAUGCGGCUCACCUUGGAGUGGUGGAUUCUCCUCCAGGAAAUUUGCAGUGGAAAUCAGCACUUUUUCCACACGUGUUGUUGAAAAAUGUUGUGGUCCAAAUGCAGUUCAGUGUUGGAGAUGGACUUGUUCCUGAAGAAGGGUUUAAACCUUGGGCCUCGGCUGUGAAGGACCGAAACAUAGUUAUGGGACCUACUUUUUCGGACCCAAGGGAUUGUGAAAUGAUAAUGAUGGUGGGAUUACCAGCUUCAGGCAAGACUACAUGGGCAGAAAAAUGGGUGAAAGAUCAUCCAGAGAAGCGUUAUGUGUUGCUUGGCACAAACUUAAUUCUUGAUCAGAUGAAGGUUCCUGGACUAUUGCGGAGAAACAACUAUGGUGAAAGAUUUGAUCUUUUGAUGGAUAGGGCAACUAGAAUAUUCAAUAUACUGCUAUCCCGGGCAGCUAAUAUACCUCGCAAUUACAUAAUUGAUCAGACAAAUGUGUAUAAAAGUGCACGUAAGCGUAAGCUUAAACCAUUUUCUGAUUAUCACAAGAUUUCUGUUGUUGUAUUCCCAAAGCCAGAAGAGCUCAAGAUACGGUCUGUUAAAAGAUUCACAGAAAUGGGGAAAGAAGUGCCAAUUGAUGCUGUGAAUAAUAUGAUAGCUAAUUAUGUACUGCCUGAAAGCAAGAAUAUGCCUCAUUCAGAUGAAGUUUUUGAUCAGGUUAUGUUUGUAGAACUGAACCGGAGCGAGUCUCAGAAAUAUUUGGAUAAGAUGAAACAGAAUCUUGCAUAUAUAUCUAAUAAUAAAUCAUCAACAUUAUCCCUUGUUGGUUGUUAUGAGUCUUUCGCUGGAUCCUCUUCACAAAAUAAAAGAAGCUCAACAGGGCAUGGUCUUCACCAGCCAGGCUCUUACUCUCCUAUGACUCCAACCAACGAUGGGAAGCCUAGUCAAGUUAGUCAGGUAAAUGCAAAUUGUCAUGUUACUGAGCUUCGUAGGAGUAUGAAUUCAUUUUCUGAAGUAUAUCCAGGAAGUCAAAUUCCACGAGUUGCCAGAGCACUCUCUCCUUGUGAACCUUAUUCCAAUAAUGAAUCAAGUUGUUUACCUAGAGAUAUUGCCGGUAACAAUGAAACUUACAGUGCCAUUUCGACUGGUGAUAUCUGGAAUUACAACAAUUCUAUUGUAGGUGGUUCAUACAGGCCAAAUAUUGUAGGGAGCAAUACAGUUUUUCGCGAUGUUUUUCCUGAUGCCUACAGGAGUGGCAUAAAUGAACCAUCUCCAACAGCAAGUGCAAGAGCAAUGUCUUUUGAUGAUAGAACUCGUAGUGAACAUUAUCCUAAUGCCUACAGGAGUGGCAUUAAUGAAUCGUCUCCAAUACCAAGUGCAAGGGCAAUGCCAUUCGAUUAUAGAACUCAUGGUGAACCUUAUCCUACAGAUGUUCACAACCAUUCCCUCAGAGGUUUCCGACCUGACCUGCAUACUCGGUUCCCAACCACAUUCGAUUCACUUUCCCCAUAUGGGAUACCGACUCCAAGACCUGCAAAUGGAAGUUCACCUAGUAACAUGCCGUAUACACGGAUAAAUGCCUCUCAGCGUCCAAGAUACUUCUAA